GCCGAAACAACGCGUGGUGACCUCAAUCCACGGAGAAGGCCUGCGGGCGGGCAAAGGUCCCUGACCCUCAGUCCAGCCGACUAUGCACGUCUGCACUCAGUCAUUCCCAGACCAAGCUUCCGGGUCAAAGACAAAGGCUGUUAGGCGGGUUAAAGCAGCUCCUGCGCCGGCCCUGGCCCUCAAUCCAGUCCAAACGGCUGCUCCAGGGUGGCCGCCGGCCCUCAGCACCGAGGGGCGGGGGAGGACCCAUGGCUUAACGCAGGGCAAGCGAGAGCCCGGAGAGCCCGCCUCCGCCUCCGCCCUCCGGAGCCGUAGCCAGGCUUCCCAAGGCCUUCUGUCGAGACCGCCCGAGGGGGCGGAGAAGGGGGCGGGACGGGGCGGCCGGGCCGGGCCGAGGGGCGCUGCUGUGUCCCCAGGAGAGAAGGCGGGGAGGCAAAGCGACGCGAGCGCGGGCAGGACCAGCGGGCUCGGCCUUCGCCCUUAUCAGCCCUUGGGCCGCCGUGUUUCCCUCGGAAGCCGGGCUCUCCCGGGCUGCCGCCCUUCCCAGGCUCGGCCUGUCCCCAGGACUCCCGCGCCUUCCCCGUCCCGCAGGCCGAGUCAAUGCGGUGCCUUCUUCCGCCGGGCCAUGGACACCAGCGACCUCUUCAUCAGCUGCAAGAAAGGCGAUGUUGGCCGAGUGCGAUACCUUCUUGAACAGAGAGAUGUUGAAAUCAAUGUCCGAGAUAAAUGGGACAGUACCCCUUUAUAUUAUGCUUGUCUCUGUGGGCAUGAAGAGCUUGUACGCUACCUUCUGGCCAGUGGUGCAAAAUGUGAGGCAAACACCUUUGACGGGGAGCGAUGUUUAUAUGGGGCCUUGAGUGACACUAUCCGAAGGGUGCUGAAGGAAUACAAGCAGAUCACAGCAAAGUGCAUGAAGAGGGACUACUACGAUGUCUUCCUUCAACGGCUGUUAGAACAGGGUUACCAGAGUGAUAUUGUCUUUAUUGUCCACGGGAAAUCUUUCUGUGCCCAUCGUUGCAUACUCAGUGCCCGAAGUACGUAUUUUGCUGAAAUGUUUGACACGAAGUGGAAGGGAAAGAAUGUCAUAGCACUGAAGCAUCCAUUGAUCAACCCAGCUGCCUUUGGCUCACUUCUGCAGUACCUCUAUACAGGUCGUUUAGAUAUAGAUGUCGAAUAUGUGAAUGAUUGCAAAAGACUGGCUAAACAAUGCCGGCUCCAGGAUCUCAUUGAAGACUUGGAAAUGAAGUGUAAGAAGGUGUAUGAAUUUGUCUCUUCCAAGCCAGGGACCUGUGUGAAGGUGCUGACGAUUGAUCCUGCAGGUGAUUCACGACUGCAGGAAGACCUGGCUCUGCUAGCAGACUGCGCCUUGCCAGCCGAACUCAGGGUAGGUUUUGGGGAAUUGCCCUUUGAUAGCACCGACAACUUCAGCAGCUGUCCUGAUGUGUGUUUCCGAGUGGCAAACUACAAUUUCUUGUGCCACAAGGCCUUCUUCUGUGGGCGCAGUGACUAUUUCAAAGCCCUCCUGGAGGAUCAUUUUUCUGAAAGUGAGGAGCUGAAGACACAGCCCAGUAUCCCUGUUGUGACCCUUCAUGACAUUUCCGAGGACAUCUUCAUCAGGGUCCUUUAUUACAUUUACAGUGAUGACACAGAGUGCUUGAGAACAUUUGCAAACUAUGUUCGGUGCAUGAGGGAAGAAUUAAGUAUGGAGCAGCCACUGACCUCACCACUGUUGUCUCUUCCCUGGCCUUCUGAGACAAACACCACCUUGAUUAUUCUCACAGUGCAUUCAUCCAUUCUAUAUGUUUUUAAAGGCCGCUCUCACCAUCUCUACACUUUCCUUUUCCUGUCCAUCUUCUGGAACAUUUUAUAGGGUAUUCUGCCAUCUAGUUGCUUCAUUUUCUGCUUGGCUGCUCAUCUCAGCUUUGAAGGGCAUUAUGCUAAAAGAGGCAGCUUCCACUCUCCGUUCUUCUUUCACUUCUGUGUACUUUUUGAGAAAACUCCCUUUUUAAUUUUGAAUGAGUGUGGUGUAGAAGGUGGUGGUGAUGUUGAGAGUGUGCAGAAGCUUUGUGGUGCCCUGGAAGGUCUUCUUGAGCAUUGCAAUGAUUUUGGUGGUGGGUUUGACAGUUUGGUGUAGAAAUCUUGUUUCAGAUAGCUUUCAUAUUCUAAAGAACCCCAGUGAAUUAUCUGCUGUGUGAUAUAUUUUAUCUGUUGUAGUAAAACAUGCAUGAUAUGCUGCAGUUAAUUGUGUUUCAGCUGACUGAAUAGUAAGUUUCACAGUAUAUAUCCACAGGGGAAAAAAUACAAAGAUAAGCCCAGAAGUCACUCCUUUGAGUGAGACUGCAAUGUCAGAUUAUGAGUGACUGUUCUUGGACUAUCUCCCACAGUAUAGCUGAGAAAGUAGUAUAUUUUUGUGACAUAAAAUGAAGUGCCCUAGUUCUUGCUUCAGAAUUAAUUUGUUUGUACUUUCUGCCAUUCUAUGAAAAGAAAUCUCUUUCUCAGACAAGAAUUGCUUGUAAAGAAGUAUUUUGGUCU